GCGCCGCAGGCCGCGCCGCAGGCCGCGCCGGUGGAGCUGGGCUUUGCGGAGGAGGCGCCCGCGUGGCGGCUGCGAAGCGAGCAGUUCCCCAGCAAGGCGGGCGGGCGGCCGGCGGGGCUGGGCGCGGCGGGGCUACCGGGGCCCGGGGCCUUGGCCUGCGCGCUCUGCGGCCGCCCGCUCGCCUUCCUGCUGCAGGUGUGCGCGCCGCUUCCGGACCGCGACGACGCCUUCCACCGCGCCCUCUUCCUCUUCUGCUGCCGGGAGCCGCCGUGCUGUGCCGGUCUGCGAGUUUUCAGGAAUCAGUUACCCAGGAAAAUUACCCUAACCCGUACCCUAAUCCUAACCCAUACCCGAAACACUAACCCUAACCCCUAA